AAUAGAGUUUAGAUGUUCUUGUAUAAUUUAACUCUUCAGCGUGCCUCUGGCAUCACGCAUGCCGUGCAUGGCAACUUCUCGGGGUCACGCAGCCAAGAGCUGGUUGUGUCCCGGGGCCGUUCUCUGGAGCUCCUCAGGCCAGACCCCAACACUGGCAAGGUGAAUUUAUGAUAUUUUCGACAACAUUUUGGUUAUUAUUUAAAUUUGAUUUCCCUUUCAGACUACAUUGUGGUUGGAUCGGACUCAGGCCGUAUUUCUAUCCUUGAAUACAAUGCUGCCAAGAACCAGUUCGACCGAAUACACUUGGAAACUUUCGGCAAGAGUGGCUGCCGCCGCAUUGUGCCGGGCCAAUACCUUGCUAUUGACCCCAAGGGGCGAGCUGUCAUGAUAGGUGCUGUGGAGAAGCAAAAGCUUGUGUACAUCCUAAACAGAGACGGACAAGCACGUCUGACCAUCUCAUCGCCCCUGGAGGCGCACAAGAGCAACACUCUCGUGUAUCACGUCGUGGGUGUCGACGUGGGCUUCGAGAACCCACUCUUUGCCUGUCUGGAAAUAGAUUAUGAGGAGUCGGACACAGACCCCAGUGGGGAGGCAGUACACCGCACGCAGCAGACCCUCACCUUCUAUGAGCUAGACCUCGGGCUGAACCACGUCGUCCGCAAGUACCACGAGCCUCUCGAGGAGCACGCAAACUUCCUUAUCGCCGUGCCCGGCGGCAACGACGGACCAUCAGGCGUGCUUGUUUGUUCUGAGAACUACAUCACUUAUAAGAACCUGGGGGACCAGCCUGACAUCCGCUGCCCCAUCCCACGCAGGAGGAACGAUUUGGACGACCCAGAGCGCGGCAUGAUCUUCAUCUGCUCGGCCACUCACAAGACGCGCACCAUGUUCUUCUUCCUGGCACAGACCGAGCAGGGCGAUAUCUUUAAGAUCGCACACCUUGGAGACGAUGACGACGAGCCGGAGUUCAGCUCCAUCAUGCCCCUGGAGGAGGGCGACACUUUCUUCUACGGCCCCCGCGCGCUGCUCAAUCUCGUGCUCGUAGACGAGCUCGACUCCCUCUCACCCAUCAUGGCUGCUCAGAUCGCCGAUUUGGCGAACGAGGACAGCGUGCAGGUUUACGCAGCCUGCGGGCGCGGUGCACGCAGCAGCCUGCGCGUCCUGCGGCACGGUCUGGAGGUCGCAGAGAUGGCCGUGUCUGAGCUGCCGGGCAACCCUACGGCCGUGUGGACCGUUAAGCGCAGGGCUGAAGACCAAUACGACGCCUACAUCAUCGUAUCGUUCCCCAACGCUACGCUGGUGCUCAGUAUUGGCGAGACCGUCGAGGAGGUCACAGACUCGGGCUUCCUGGGCACCACACCGACGCUCGCCUGCUCCCAGCUCGGCGAGGACGCCCUUGUGCAGAUUUACCCGGACGGUAUCCGGCACAUCAGAGCGGACCGGCGGGUGAACGAAUGGAAGGCGCCGGGCAAGAAGACGAUCGUGCGAUGCGCUGUCAACCACCGGCAGGUCGUCAUCGCCCUCACUGGGGGCGAGAUCGUCUACUUUGAGAUGGAUCCUAGCGGGCAGCUGAACGAGUACACGGAGCGCAAGGAGAUGAAGAGUGACGUGAUCUGCAUGGGCGUGGGACGCGUGGCGGCGGGGGAACAGCGCUGUCGCUUCCUGGCCGUCGGUCUGGCGGACACCACCGUCAGGAUAAUCUCCCUGGACCCUAACGACUGCCUGACAGUGCUGGGCAUGCAGGCGCUACCUGCGCUCGCUGAGAGCCUCAGUAUCCUGGAGAUGGGAGGCGGUGACGUGGGCGCUGAGGGGGAGACGCUCCAGCCCCAGCACUCGACGCUCUACCUCAACAUUGGCCUCCAGAACGGAGCGCUACUGCGCACAGUGCUGGACUCGGUGACGGGCGACAUGUCGGACACGCGGUCCCGCUACCUCGGCCCCAAGCCCGUCAAGCUCUUCAGGAUCUCCAUGCAGGGAUCUGAGGCCGUGCUGGCCAUGUUGUCGCGCUCCUGGCUCUCCUACUACUACCAGAACCGCUUCCACUUGACGCCCCUGAGCUACGAGAGCCUCGCCUACGCCUCAGGCUUCUCAUCAGAACAAUGUCCUGAGGGCAUCGUCGCCAUCAGCGAAAACACGCUGCGUAUUCUCGCCCUCGAGAAGCUGGGCGCUGCAUUCAAUCAGGUGUCUCACCCUCUCGAGUACACACCCCGCAAGUUCGUCAUUCAUCCAGAGAGCAGCCACCUCGCCAUCAUUGAGACGGACCACAACUGCUACACGGAGGAAACCAAACGGCAGAGGAAGCUGCAGAUGGCUGAGGAGCUUCGUGAGGCAGCGGGGGAGGAAGAGGCAGAGGUGGCGGAGAAGAUGGCGGAGGCUCUGCUGUCGGAGCAGCUGCCGGACUCUGUGUUUGGGUCGCCCAAGGCAGGACCCGGCAUGUGGGCCUCCCUGCUGCGGGUCAUGGAGCCCAUCCAGGGCACCACGCUGCACCUGCAGCGAUUUGAGCAGAACGAAGCCGCCUUCAGCAUCAACAUCGUGAAAUUCAUCAAUCACAGCGACCCUGACCAGCCGUUCCUUCUCGUCGGCACCGCCAAGGACUACAUCCUGUCACCACGGCACGUCGACAGAGGUUACAUCUACGUCUACAGGUUCGUGAAGGAAGGCAGCGGGCUGGAGUUGGUGCACAGAACGGAGGUCGAGGACGUGCCCACCGCAAUCUGCCCCUUCGGGGGACGAGUGCUCAUCGGUGUUGGCAAGCUCCUCAGGAUAUACGACCUGGGCAAGAAAAAACUCCUCAGGAAGUGCGAGAAUAAACACAUUCCAAAUCUGAUCGUGGAUAUCAAGAGUCGCGGAGAACGCGUGAUCGUGUCAGACGUGCAGGAGUCCGUGUUUUAUUUACGCUACAAGCGCCACGAGAACCAGCUCAUCAUCUUCAUGGAUGACACAAACCAACGCUGCAUCACCACAUCAAUUCUACUCGAUCACGACACCAUUGCCUGCGCUGACAAAUUUGGCAACAUUGCAGUGAUCCGUAUUGGAAGUGACGUGUCCGACAACGUUGAUGAAGACCCCACGGGUAAUAAAGCGCUGUGGGACCGAGGUCUGCUCAAUGGUGCUUCUCAAAAGGCUGACGUUGUGGCAAAUUUCCACGUGGGAGAGACAGUGAACACGUUGGAGAAAGCAACACUCAUCCCAGGCGGCAGCGAGAGUCUCGUCUACACAACUUUGAGUGGCACAAUCGGCGUCUUGGUGCCUUUCACCUCCCGCGAGGACCACGAGCUCUUCAUGAACCUUGAAAUGCACAUGCGUUCUGAGCACCCACCGCUUUGUGGCAGAGAUCAUCUUUCCUUCAGAUCUUACUUUUUCCCAGUCAAAAAUGUUAUUGACGGCGAUCUGUGCGAGCAGUUCAACCUGGUAGAAUCUACCAAGCAGCGAAGCAUUUCUGAUGAUCUCGACAAAACUCCAAGCGAGCUUUCCAAAACUCUUGAAGACAUCAGGACAAAAUAUGCUUUCUAAGCAAAAACCAUGUACAACUAUAGCAUUAAAACAUUUCUUUCUA